AUGUACCAGAUUCAAAACACUUUCAUCACACUACUCGAUACAAUGUUGAUUACUCUAGAAUGCGUUCUACUUGCGUUACAAGCGGUUGCUGCAGUUCGACUUGCAUUACACUCACCUUCUGGGAUUGACAGUCAAUCAAGCAAUAGGCUGUCAAAACGAUCACCCGUUGAAUUGGAUGGUGAUAUCACAAAAUGCUACACAAUUAAAUUUAAUGUCGAUGGAGUCAAUUUGAAUUUACGAGUCGAUUCAGAUGCCUCCAAUAUAAUCGUACCACUUCCUAGUUCAAGCAACGAUGUAGGUUUGGCUAUACAAAGUACUCCAAGUGGGGAACCCGUUACUAUAAAGUACAGAGGCAAAGAGUAUAAUGGAGUUACAUCUACAGCCGCUGUGACGAUUCCGGGUACUAGUAUAACUGACAUCAAUUUACCAAUACUAGCAGUUGAAAAACUAUCACCAUAUCUAGUUGGUAUUGGUGGAACACUCAAGCAAGGAGUAUUUGGGUUUGGUCAUUCCUUGUUGUCAGAUCGUCAUUCACAAACCACUGCAAUGGAUGCUUUGUACACCAAUGAUGUCAUUCCCAAUAACGAGGUUGGCAUUCAACUAUGUCCGUAUGACAUGUUGCAGGAAAGUUUCAUCAAUAUAGGAAACACAGACAUAACUGCAAAAUGCGGAACAGAUGGAAACAGUGUUGCAUGGGUACAAUCACCAUCGAACGAUCAAUUUAGUGUCAACAUCAAGAGUAUGCUAGUUAAUGGCAAAAAAGUGGAUCUUCCCGAGGAAUUUCAACAAGUUGUGGAAAAUGGACGUGCUUUGUAUUCAUAUCUACGUACAUGUUCUACGUAUAUGUAUCUUCCUAAAGUAGUUGUAAAAGCGUUGAUUGAUGCUAUUCUUGAUAGCAAUGCGAUUACUUUUAAAAGUAUAUUAUUUAAAAACAAACUCGGCAAAAAAAUAAUUAAAAGGAUACUACAAAGAAACUCUCCAAUACCCAAAUUCGAUUUUAAUAUCGAUUGGGGCAAGCUGCCGACAAUUACAAUUGUAAUGUUUUCUCAAAACCCAGUAACUGAUGCCAAUUGCAAUUCCGUUGUAACAAUCAAGUUGGGUCCCAAAGACUAUAUACAGAGAGUUGAUUCUAAAAAUUACCUGUUUACUGUAGCAGCUGGUCCAAAUGACAAUGUAGUUCUUGGUACAUCAUUUAUGACCCGACUUAUAUUGACAUUUGAUCGAGUACAUAAACGCAUUGGGUUUGGUCCUGGAUGUGGAUGUGAAGUCAUGGCCGAUGGAUAUCCUACUAUUUCGGACCAUUAUCGAGUGCUUUGGCCAUUAACACAAUUGCCUGAACAACCAAGUACUUCAAGUUCAGAUGUCACAUCUACUCUUAGGAGAUCAUUGUCGCGAUUUGGUAGUACUCUCCGUGAUAGUAUUCGUCGUGGUACCAAGCGGCUAAAGUUUGGUUACAAGAAAAUUUGA